UAUAUUAAUUACAAAAUAUUUUUAAGCAUUAAACUAUUAACAAAGAAGAAAUUAGUCAGCUAAUUGAAAGCAAGAUAUACAGUUCUGAUCAUGAAAUUUUAUCUGGCAAUAACAAUUGUAAUAGUUUUUGUAAUUAAAUUUAUAAGUUUUCGAUUUAGUAUUUUUUAUAAAGUUUAUAGUUGUGGUUAUAGUUAUUGAAUGAAAUUGUGAAAAACUUCUAUCAAAAAUCCCAAGGCAUUUAGAACAUAUUCAUAAGCAUGAAGAACUUGUUAUAAAAGCCCUUCGUUAUCCAAAAAAAAGUAAAGAGCGAAGAAAUAUGUGGACUUAUAUAGAGAGGAAAGGUGAUUUUAAUGUAAAUAUAAAUAACAUUAAAAAUUCUAAAAAAAUAACAUCUAUAAGAAAAUGUACAGUCGACAAAGAUGAUGAGCUAUUGCCUUGUGAAUAUUGUUAUGGUUUUUUCAGAGCAAGGAAACUUUGUGAACAUGUUUCAAAGUGUUUUAGACGUGGUAGUGAUAACAAGGAAAUAAGUUAUAUAAAAGCUUCUUGAGAUAACAUUGUUUCUUCUAUGAAAGUUUGUGCAGAUUAUUGUGGACCAAAAAAAAUUGGAAAUCCUCAUCUUGUUUUAAGAAUAGGAUAUUCAUUAAAAACUUUAGCUAUAAUAGUCAGGUUAGAGUACCUGAAAUUAGGAUUGGGCUAUGGUAGAAAAAGGCAGGUGGAAACGCCAAACUGACAUAGAUGCUUUAGAUGAUCCAAUAGAAAAAAAGCUUGCAGAACGAUUUAAACUAUGUUACAUUAAAAGCAAUAAAAAACGGAGAGGUUCUUCUGUAAAAGCAUUAGUUCCGAUAAUUUUUACUGAGGAAGUUGUUGGUGCAAUCAGACUAUUAAUCAGCUCAAAGCAAUAUGCUAAUAUUUCUCCUAAAAAUAAUUAUGUGUUUGCCCGUGGUUGGGACGCGCUGCAAUCUUUAACAAAAAAGUUUAAUUUAUCGAAGCCAAAGCUUAUUACACCAACUAGAAAGUAUUUGUCAACCAUUCUGCAGUUGUUAGACAUGAAUAAUGCUGAGCUUUUGUGGCUCACAAAUCACAUGGGGCAUACUAAAGAUGUUCAUCAAAAUUGGUAUCGACGUGAAGAUUCUACUAUUGAAUUAACAAAAGUAGCAAAAUUUCUUCUUGCUAAGGAUAAUGGCGAUGCAAGGUGCAUUCAAAAUAAGAAAAUCGAUUCACUAUUACAAAAUAGUUUUAAAGGGAUAUUAAAUGUUAAUACAGGAGGAAGUGCUAAUGUUUGCACUUAUUCAGAUGAAGAUGUUGGAGAUGCAAAUAGCAAUGUUUUAGAUGAAAAUAGCAAUGUCAUUGAAAAUGAAUUAAUGUCGAACGUAAAAGAAUACAAAAUAAAAGACUAAACAUGCUCAAAGAGUCGAAAAAAACUUGGAAAGGUUGGUCGGAAGAAGAAAACGCAUCACUUCGUAAAGCGUUUUCGAUAUAUAUCACGAGAAAAAUUCCGUGUCCGCUUCUUGAUGUUAAAAAAAUUAUCGAAAGUAUACCUUGUCUUCGAAGAAGAGGGCAUAAGAUCGUUUAAGACAAAUUAAACAAUAUUAUUAGAAAGAGAUGAUUUAUGCAUGUUUAUUUAUUUAUAUACAAAUAAUGGUGUUUUGAAGUAGUUAUGUUGAAAUCAAAUUUAUUAACGUUGAUUAAAUAUUAUAUAAUUAUUUCAAGUGUAUUAUCAUUUUAAGUGUGUAUAAAAAGAUCAGUGUUAUAUUUGUAUAAUGAAUAUAUAUCAAAUAGCAAGAAAUAUUUA